AUGGCUUCGAAUAGUAGCGAACAAAAUGAAUGGUAUACAACUUCUUGUGGUCAUUCUAUAUUUAUACUACCUGUACGGUAUCAAGAUUUAAUUUUUAUUGGACAAGGAACAUAUGGUAUAGUAGUUCGAGCCACUGAUACAACAACAGGUAAAUAUGUAGCUAUUAAAAAACUUCUCCAUCCUUUUCAAACUGAUACACAUGCAAAACGAACUUAUCGAGAACUUGAACUACUUAUGUAUCUCAAUCAUCCUGAUGCACAAGUUGUACAAUUAUAUAAUGUAUUUACACCUGAAAAAAAUUUAAACGAAUUUCGAACAUUAUAUUUAGUAUUAAAUUAUGUUGACAGUGACUUGAAUCGAAUUAUAUUACAACGUGUAUCACUUACAGAAGACCUUAUUAGACUAAUUAUCUAUUCAAUUAUUCGUGGUUUGAAGUUUAUUCAUUCAGCUGAUAUUCUCCAUCGUGAUUUAAAACCAACGAAUAUUGGAAUCGAUAGAAAUAGCAAUAUUACAAUUCUUGACUUUGGAUUAGCUCGUGCUGCAUCAACCGGUACUCCCACUGGUUAUGUUUCUACCAGAAUUGGUUUUAUUGCUAGAUGGUGGCGUGCACCAGAAAUAUAUCUUAACGAGGAAAAAUAUGAUAAAAAAGUUGAUAUUUGGUCUGUUGGAUGUAUAAUGGCUGAACUUAUUCUACUUAAACCACUUUUUUGUGGAGAAACUACAUAUAAUCAGUUAAAUAAAAUAUUUGACAUUAUUGGUACACCGGAUUUCGCAACAUUACGAGAGAUAUGUAAACCAGAAUCAUCUGCUUAUAUUGGUCGAUUGGAAUUUAAACCGAAAAAGGAUUUUAAUGAAUUAUUUGGUUUUAAAUAUGAUCCGUUAACAGAAAAACCAAUAUCUGGUGUUUCACCAGAAGGUAUUGAUUUUCUCGAUCGUCUUCUAUCUUUUGAUCCUCGUCGACGUCCGACAGCUGAAGAAGCCUUAGCUAUUGUAUGGCAAAUGAUUCAAGAGUUUUCACCACCAUCUUGGAUUAAUGAUGAUCCAACGGACGAUUGA